UCACCAAAGGCUGACCUUACCCCAACAGAGGACAUGGCCUUGGAGCUAAAUAAAGGCAGGCCCGUCUUAGAGGGGAUCCCUGGGGGGAAAGAGACGAGCAUAGGUUCCUCCCAAGAUGCCACCCGCUUCAUUCAAGUGUCUGGCAGCACUGUGUUCCUGUUAGAGCCACCAGCACAAGCACCAGACGAUGCUGAUCCAGGUGAAGGCCCCAGUGCAGCAGCAACAGCACAUGAUGGAGACGAUGAUGAUGAUGAGGAGGAGACCAUCUCUCUGGAUUCCAGAAGGCAUGAGGACCCAGAUGCUAUACAGUGGGAAAACCAGCCUGGCAACAUAAGCUCACAAGCUAUCAGAAAGUUGUAUGGCAACCACCUCCGGCGCCAAAUAGAACUGGCAGACAUAGACAUUCAGUACAAGAAGAAAAAGAUGGAAAAUCUUGCACUGGAGUCUGAAAUAAAAAAGAGGACAAUUAGGAAACUGGACCUUGAAAUAAAAAACCUUGAGAGGGAGCUCCAAGAAGAUGACACAGCUCAAAAUAAAAACGAGGUAUAUUCUCGUAAAGUCAAGUGAGCCAUGACAUAUGAGCUCUUAUUGUGAGCACACAGGACGGUGGCAUCUUUCUAAGGUUUUUUUUAUUUUCCCAGCAAUCAGUACAACCAAGUCAUCGUUAUAAGGCAUCGCCCUCUUUUGCCCACCCCCCCAGCACCAGGUGUGGCCACUAGCCUAUAUGAAGGCCCAAAAUUGUGUGUUCCUUUCUGCUCUGACAAUGGCAUGCCCAUUCGUGCGAGAUGUGGUGGAUGAAGAAGCACUUGUGCUGAGGAGAGCCUUCAGGCGAGAAAGGGUCUUCAGGGACCGGUUGGACCCACUGGCCUUCCCUGACGACCAUCUAUAUGAAAGAUACAGGUUUUCUGCAGAUGGCAUCAGGUAUCUAUGCAGACUACUGGGUCCCAGGAUUAAGCACCGCACUGCACGGAGCCAUGCACUGAGUGUGGAGCAAAUGGUUUGUGUGGCCUUGCGCUUUUUUGCUAGUGGAGCCUUCCUGUACUCAGUGGGGGAUGCAGAACAGCUGAACAAGGCCACAAUUUGCCGCACAAUAAGGAGUGUGUGUCUGGCUAUCAAAGCAUUAGCAGAUGUCUUCAUCUCCUUCCCUGGCCACAGAAGACUCUGUGACAUCAAAGAGGAGUUCUAUAGGUUUGCAGAUGGUCUGCAAUGCUGACUGUGUGAUCAGCAAUGUUGUGGCAAAAUGGCCUGGCUCAGUCCAUGACUCCAGAAUCUUUCGGGCCUCUGA